AUGUGCUGGACCAUAAAGAGGAGGGCCCUCACGUUCUUCUUCCUCUCAUACGCCAGCUUCGUAUAUUCAGACAAAACGGUUAACAUAGGGAGUGUAUUGGCGGGGGGGGUGAGCGCCGGGUUGAGUGGGGGGUUGGCUAGCGGAGUUAGCAGUCUGAGUAGCAGCUCCGCCAGCCCCGGCGCCCCUGCUGCAAGCAGUCUACUGCACGGGGCGGUGGGAGGGGGACCCAACAAGCAAACGUGUCAAUCAGCCGGAUGCUCGUCAUACAAAAAUAUCACACAUAACGAUUCAGGAGAUUGUCUAAAUGGGUUCAUCUGUAAAAAAUGUAAAAAAACACACGCGAAGAACCCAAAUAUCUGCUUCUACUCCUCCCUCCAAGGAUACGAAAACCUGUACGAAGCAAAUUUAGAGGAUUUGACACAAACGACACCAUACGAUCAUUUCACUGUCCCAUUGGUUAAGUCAAGCAAAGGUGAGAGCAACAAGAAGGACGUGUCAAAUGACAGGGAUGAGGAGGCCAUCUCUAGUGAAGGUGACGAAUCGGGGAGUAACAGGAGGGGAAGUUCCUUACAAGGAGGAGAUGACGAUGAAGAAAAAGGGAAACCACAAAUUCGUGGCAAGGGUGAUAAAGCAGGAGGAAGUCCAUACACGCAGGGGUUAGAAGAAGAGGGGGAAGAGGAGCAGGAGGAGGAGGAAGAAGAAGAAGAGGGAGACGGAGACUCUGAUGCGAAAGACAAACGUGGUGGAAGUAAAGGAGGAGGCAACUCCUCUCAGGGGAAGAACAAGGCAGGAAGCAAUUUUGAUGCAGAUUAUGAAACGGAGUCAUUUUUGCAAAAAUCGCCUGACCGUGUUCAUAGCAAAGUGGAGUUACACGAGGUGUCCGAGAAGGAAAAGGAAAAGAUCGUAUACAAGCGACUCAAAAUAAAUCUCAACAAAAAUGAAGAAUAUUUUAAAAACAAACUGAGCAAAUGUGACGUGGGUGGAGAUGGAAUGGCUACUCUUUAUGUAAAAAUGCUUCUUCAAAUUGUGAAGGAUAAAAACGAUGUCUAUGUAGAUGUGAGUAGGAGGAGUGGCUCUUCGCAUAUGAGCCCAGGGUCGGAUGAAAAGAAGGAGAAAGAAGGGGAGAAUACAAACAGGAGAAAAAAUUCUGAGGAGGAGGGAGAGGAGGAUGAUGAGGAUGCGGAGGACAGUGACGAGAAUGAGUACACGAGCAUGUCUAAGGGCCCCAGGGGGGGGGGAGGGUACCAUUACGGCUCAGGCACAGAAACGGACGUCGACAGCGACAGCGACAGUGAUGACGAAGGCCCCAGGGGGUACGCGGCGGUGAAUAAGUACGCCUAUGUGGAGGUGCAUGGUGCAGGGGUAAGCGGUGCAGGGGCAAACGGUGCAGAGGUAAACAGUAAAGAGGCAAACAGUAAAGAGGCAAACACCGCAAACCCAAACGCCGCAAACCCAAACGGAGCGCUGUCCUUCUACCAAGUGAAGGAGGACCUGGACGGAGACUCCAUGGGGAAUUACUACAAGUCCAGGAACGGAUUUUUCAAAACGAUUUUUAGAAGAGUUUUUAAAAAAAAAGGAGACUCAGAUGAUGAUUCAGGAGUAGGAGACGAUGACAGUGAUGAGGAGUACCAGGGAAAGAAGAAGAAAAAGAGGUGGAAAUUUCCGUGGAAAAAACGAAGAGGAAAAAAUAAACAGCUGCAUGGUGGAGACGAUGAUGACGAUGAGAGUGAGGAUGAGUCACACAGCAGGAGACGUCCAAGGGGAAGAAGACGGAGACUAUUCGGUAGGUCCAGUCGAGACGACGAAGGUAACAAUGAUGGCAACGAUGACGACGAAGGUAAUGAUGAUGACGAAGACGCCGAUGAUGAAGAAUCACGUGGAAGCUAUGGUCAAAGCGGGGCAGGAAAAAAAAAAGGAAAGGGAAACAAAAAGGAGAAAGGAACCAAGGGAAGCAGAUUCGAUGGGACUAAAUCAAAAAUGGGGAGUUUCUUUACCAAAUUGAAGAGGAAAAUAAUCCCAGAAAAACAAAAACUACAUAUAGAAGCAUUUUUUAACAGCAUCAUCGUGAAAUCAUGCAGAAAUUCACUCAAGUGGGAGGGGAAUAUGUUCCGAAAGCAAUCUCUUGUCGAGAUGACUCUCAAAGUUCCUGUUAAAAUGAAAUACAUCAAAAGGGAACCUCUACAUUUUUUCCGAUCUGGUUACGAAGUUAUUUUAACAUGUCGUAAUUGUGAUGAGGUUCUGUUCAAUUCGUGUGUUCAGGUCUACUGCACUAAGAGAGCGAGCAAAACGGAACGGGCGGUACAGCAGCACAACGGACAUGUGACAGGAGGUACAUUGGGGAACGCUGCUGCUGCUACUGUUGCUGCGGGUGCAGUCACAGCGGGAGCAGUCGCAGCGGGUGCAAUCGCAGCUGGAGCGGGCAGAGGAGCCUUCGCGCAGGGGACUACCCCUGGAUCGCCAUACAUUUAUUCGGAAAACUCCUCCGACUUCACCCCACUGUUGAUAUAUGAUUACAACGGUCAGUACUACCCCGGCAGUGUAAACUCAGAGGAUGAUUAUUACAGUAGUGAAGGGCACGUGUACGUUAGCUACUCGGUCCUUCUCGUCACACUGAUGGCUGUCCUACUUGUGUAG